AAUCAUGAAUGUAGAAAAAUGAAUGGAUACUGUAGAAAUGGCUGCUACAGGGGAUUUUAUGGUUCAUUUUGUGAUUCGUCAUGUAGUGGAAAUUGUGCAAAAAUUGAAUGCCUUCAAAGUGGAAUUUGUAUUGGCGGGUGUAAACCAAACUGGUCCGGAGAAAGAUGCGAUAGAUGUGAAUUCGGACAUUACGGACCUGAUUGCUCCAAGCUAUGUAGUAGGAAUUGUAAAAGACAAACGUGUGACAAUGUCACUGGAUCCUGUAGAUAUGGAUGUAUUAAUGGGUUCUAUUUAGAUAAAUGUGAAAAGAGUUGCAGUUUAUUAUGCCCGUCAACUCUCAAUGGAGACUCAGUGAAAUAUGAAAGCGAAUGUCCCGUUGGAAAAUAUGGAACUUAUUGCAAUAAAACUUGCAACUAUAAUUGUAAAAAGGGAUGCAGUAGAGUCAAUGGAUUAUGCGAUUUUGGGUGUAUUACCGGGAAAUUUGGAGUUGACUGUCUCCGAAACUGUGCUGAUGGGUGUAUAUCCGGUUGUCUUCAAGAAGAUGGUAGUUGCACUUGUAAAACAGGAUGGCAGGGUCAUAAAUGUGAUGAAUGCAGCCAAACUCAUUACGGACCACAAUGUGAUCAACUAUGUAGUCCAAUCUGUAUAAAUAGAAUCUGUUUUUCAAACAACGGGUCGUGUAUAAGGGGACUCCAAAGCAAUCUUACAGAUGAAAAACCUUAUUCUGAAAUCGACCAGAUAUUAGAGAACUAUUCAACAGCUCUCUAUGGAGUCAUUGCAACGCUCUGUAUAAGUAUUAUUGUCAAUAUUGUUCUGAUUUUCAGGAAUAUCAGACAAAAAUUUCCUAACAAAGAAAAGCAGGAAACCAGCCGACGAAAUUCAAUACAAUAUGCAAACACAGCUAUGUUUGCCGAAGUUGAAGCUAACGCGGGUUAUCAAGAACUUGGACAAUUAAGUCAACCUUCUCAUUAUGAUGAGCUCAAGUGAUUGUUUGAAUAAAAAAAUGAUUGAUUUAUUGACAUCCCCCCAAUUCAAUAAUAUUUCACUCAUAUUCAGUCAUCAACAUAUAUUA